UUUCUCAAUAAGAAUAAAAUAAGAAGCAUGAAAUUAGCAAUACAAUAUAUUACAUUAUGAAAUAAUACGUAAUAAUUUCUCCAACUACUAUCAGGUUGACAAAACCAUGGAGAGUAGGAGAGGGAAUGUUACCUAUCUAACUGGAAUUCCCUUUAAAAGGAUAUCAUCAAGUAGAAGCUAAGGACAACUUUGUACAAACACCAAAACUUAGUCUAACUUGAUUUACAAUACAAUCUACCAAUUAAUGUCAUGAAAGAAUAUUCUUCAAUCUUUACAUUCUUUGAUUUUUUUUCCAUAUAUAUAUAACACAAAUGGACCAUCAUUUCCAUCACUUUCAUCAAAUAACAACUUGUUCAACCCCUAAAAGGCAAAAAAAUAAAAAUAAAAUGGCAACUCCUAACAUAUCAAUCAACAAAAGGUCCUCAGAGAUUGUGUUUUUUGACUUGGAAACAAACGUUCCAUCGAAACCUGGACAGAAAUUUUGGGUGUUGGAGUUUGGUGCAAUGGUAGUUUGUUCAAGAAAGCUUGUUGAACUUGAGAGCUACUGCACCCUUAUUAGGCCAGGGGAUUUGUCAGUUGUUGGAUUAAAGUCAGGGAGAGUCGAUGGUAUUACGCGAAAAGCAGUUGCUAAUGCACCUUCAUUUGAACAAGUUGCACAAAAGAUCUUCAACAUUUUGGAUGGUAGGAUUUGGGCAGGUCAUAACAUACAGAGAUUUGAUUGUGUUCGUAUUAAAGCUGCUUUCGCUGAAAUUGGUUACCCUGCACCUGUGCCUGUUGGAAUUAUCGAUUCCUUAGGUGUUUUAUCUGAGAAAUUUGGUAAAAGAGCUGGAAACAUGAAGAUGGCUUCGUUAGCAGCUUACUUUGAUCUCGGGGAGCAAAAACACAGGAGCUUAGACGAUGUUCGGAUGAAUUUGGAAGUCCUAAAACAUUGUGCAACAGUUCUAUUUCUUGAAUCAAGUCUACCAGAUUUGUCAAUUGGGAACUGUCAAGGCACAACCAGCAUUACUACAAGAAGUAGAAGCCAAGUGCAAAAUAUUCCAAGUUCUCCGAUCAAUAAGUGGCAGAGUAGUCCUUCCUCAAUAACAACAAGGAGUAGUAGCAGAGGGAAAUUUCCGUGCAGAGAAGAAACAAGCCGGAAAUCUCCUCCAUCGACAAGUGCUAUUGGAUAUCAAAGAACUGUUCCUUAUGCAAGACAGAGCUUGGGAAAGGUGACUGCAGGUGUGAGGAACUUGUUGUGUAAAGCUCAAAACAAGCCUCUGAAUACUUUACUAAAGCAUUCGCAGACUCUCUUCCGAUGAACAAGAAGAAUCCAUCCUUCUCUCAUUUAUCGGAAUUCAAGCAUAAGGGGUGCAUAUAUACCUACAAGUUCACUUUCUUGGAAAAUGCCUGGAGGAAUUCUUUUUGGUCCACUAUGUGCCUCUUGAUGGAAAAUUCACUCGGUUCUAAGUUAACGAAUCUAUAUUCUUUGGUAACUGAUUCUUCAAGUUGUGGAGUUCUCUGUAAAUGUUUGUACCUCUCAAUGAAUAAAUUUCAGCUGAUAUUCUUUGAUUUGAGCCAA